GCUCUCGACUCUCGGCUCUGCCUGGAGUUCUCAGUGCGGCGACAGCGGUGCUGAAUAUGGCGACAGACGGGAUGAUUUUAACAAACCACGACCACCAAAUCCGGGUCGGCGUCUUGACAGUAAGCGACAGCUGCUUUCACAAUCACACUGAGGACCGCAGCGGGAUCAACCUCAAAGAUCUGGUGCACGACCCUUCCUUGCUUGGAGGAACCAUCUCCGCUUAUAAAAUUGUCCCUGAUGAAAUUGAUGAGAUCAAGGAGACUCUGAUCGACUGGUGUGAUGAGAAAGAGUUGAACCUGAUUUUGACCACCGGUGGCACCGGCUUCGCUCCUCGGGAUGUAACUCCUGAGGCCACUAAAGAGGUGAUUGAGCGGGAAGCUCCAGGGAUGUCUCUGGCCAUGCUUGUGGGAUCUCUGGACGUCACUCCUCUGGGAAUGCUGUCCAGACCCGUGUGUGGUAUCCGAGGGAAAACUCUCAUCAUAAAUUUACCUGGCAGUAAAAAAGGUUCACAGGAAUGCUUCCAGUUCAUCCUGCCCGCUCUCCCACACGCCAUCGACCUGCUUCGAGAAGCUGUGGUCAAAGUGAAGGAGGUGCCAAACGAGCUGGAGGACCUGCCCUCGCCUCCACCUCCUCCGUCCCCGCUGCCCACCGGCAGCCCACACCGGCAGACCGAGGACAAGGGUGUGCAGUGUGAGGAAGAGGAGGAGGAGAAGAAGGACAGCGGUGUGGCCUCCACAGAGGACAGCUCCUCCUCACACAUCACCGCCGCCUCCAUCGCUGCCAAGAUUCCCGACUCCAUCAUCUCACGGGGCGUCCAGGUUCUUUCCCGUGACACGGCGUCUCUGAGCACCACGCCGUCCGAGUCGCCACGCGCCCAGGCUACCUCCCGCCUCUCCACCGCUUCCUGUCCCACCCCCAAGGCGCGGCUCCCCUCCUCUUCAUCCACCCUAAGCAUUGCUGAGGCGUCGCGGCGAGAGUUCAGAGCACACCUGGAUGAGGUCAUCACACUCAAGUCAAGGUACUCUACCUUGGACCAGCUCCAGUGUAGGUUGGAGGUGCUUAAAGAUGAUCGCCGUGGCCAUAGGACCUUCAGUUCUCGAGUGCAGUCACGAUGCAGCAGCAAAGAAAACAUCUUACGAGCAAGUCAUAGUGCGGUGGACAUCACCAAAGUGGCUCGGAGACACCGUAUGUCUCCCUUCCCUCUCACCUCUAUGGAUAAAGCCUUCAUCACUGUGCUGGAGAUGACCGCAGUUCUGGGCACUGAGAUCAUUAACUACAGAGACGGCAUGGGUCGUGUUCUGGCUCAGGACGUUUAUGCCAAAGACAACCUGCCUCCGUUCCCUGCCUCUGUUAAAGACGGCUACGCUGUAAGAGCGGCUGAUGGUCCUGGUGACAGAUUUAUUAUCGGCGAGUCUCAGGCUGGAGAGCAGCCCACACACACCGUGAUGCCCGGUCAGGUGAUGCGGGUGACCACAGGCGCUCCGAUUCCAUGCGGCGCAGACGCUGUGGUUCAAGUAGAAGACACCGAACUCCUGCGAGAGUCUGAAGACGGCACAGAAGAGCUUGAGGUGCGGAUUCUGGUUCAGGCUCGUCCAGGUCAAGACAUCAGGCCCAUCGGUCACGACAUUAAGCGUGGUGAAUGCGUGCUGGCCAAAGGCACUCACAUGGGCCCGUCUGAGAUCGGGCUGCUGGCCACGGUGGGCGUCACAGAGGUGGAAGUGCAGAAGUUUCCAGUCGUGGCUGUGAUGUCUACAGGCAACGAGCUGCUGAACCCAGAGGACGAUUUAAACCCUGGUAAAAUCAGAGACUCGAACCGCUCGACGCUGCUGGCCACCAUACAGGAGCACGGAUACCCCACCAUCAACCUGGGCAUCGUGGGAGACAACCCUGAUGACCUGUUGAACGCUCUGAAUGAGGGAAUCAGCCGCGCUGACGUCAUCAUCACCUCAGGGGGCGUGUCCAUGGGGGAAAAGGAUUACCUGAAACAGGUACUUGAUAUCGACCUUCAUGCUCAGAUACACUUUGGACGUGUCUUCAUGAAACCAGGGUGAGUUUUUGAAGAAACCGGUGACAUCUGCGUGAAGAUUGUACAAGUAAUGCACAAUCAGGGCGUUUCCACUUCUGAAACUGCAUGAAAUGAACCAAACACUUUGAUUUA